AUGAGUUCACGAAUCGCUGGUCACAGCCAAAGGAGAUGUAUUUGGUUAUUGUGCUGUGCUCGAUAUCUGCUGCUGUUCAGGGAAUGGGUAAGCUUUCCAUACUUACCAUGGAAAGGAGAAAUCCGAUGGCUAACUAUUCAACCAGACGAAACAGUGGUCAAUGGCGCUCAGAUAUUUUACAAACCACAGUUUGGCAUCGAUGACGACAACUUCAGAUCAACGUGGCUUGCCGGGCUGAUAAACGCUGCACCAUAUCUAUGUUGUGCGUUAAUCGGCUGUUGGUUGACCGUCCCUUUUAACCACUGGUUUGGUCGGCGAGGAACAAUUUUCAUUACCUGCUGCUUUUCCACCUUAGCCUGUUUUUGGCAAGGCUUUGUCAAUACAUGGUGGCAUAUGUUCAUCGCGCGUUUCGCAUUGGGGUUCGGUAUCGGCCCCAAAUCAGCAACAGUCCCCAUAUAUGCAGCUGAGACUAGUCCCCCUGCCAUUCGAGGUGCUUUGGUCAUGCAGUGGCAGAUGUGGACUGCAUUUGGUAUUAUGAUGGGUUAUGCUUCGGAUCUCAUUUUCUUCAAUGUCCCAGACAUCCCAAAUGUUACGGGGUUAGGCUGGCGAUUGAUGAUGGGUUCAGCCAUGUUUCCUGCUAUCCUAGUCUGUUGUAUGGUGUUUAUCUGCCCGGAAUCUCCUCGCUGGUAUAUGAGUAAGGGAGCCCAUCAUAAAGCAUAUCAAUCGAUGUGUCGGCUUCGGUUCAACAAAGUCCAAGCCGCCCGCGAUCUAUUUUAUAUGCAUACUUUGCUCGAGGCAGAAUCAAUGAUGAAACUUGGCCAGCCAAAGAUCUUGGAACUUAUCACCGUUCCGCGGAACAGGAGAGCCUUGGUCGCAUCUGAAAUUGUGAUGUUCAUGCAACAGUUCUGCGGCGUUAAUGUGAUUGCAUACUACUCCUCGGAAGUCUUCUUACAAGCGGGAUACUCGGAACUGUCCGCCCUUGCCGCAUCGCUCGGCUUCGGGGUAAUCAACUGGCUCUUUGCCAUCCCUGCCGUAUACACGAUCGAUACCUUUGGCCGACGAAACCUUCUCCUUGUGACAUUUCCCUUGAUGGGACUCUUUCUGCUCCUCACAGGCUUUGCAUUUUGGAUUCCUGACCAUGCUGCCCAAACAGGGUGUGUUGCGCUGGGUAUAUACCUUUUCGGCAUUGUGUAUUCUCCCGGAGAAGGCCCGGUACCAUUCACUUACUCUGCAGAAGCAUACCCACUGUAUGUACGAUCGUACGGGAUGGCAUUGGCAACUGCAACGACAUGGUUUUUUAACUUCACCCUUGCAAUAACAUGGCCUAGCCUAUUACGAGCAUUCACCCCGCAAGGCGCAUUUGGAUGGUAUGCAGCCUGGAAUCUCAUAGGGUUUGUCCUCAUAUUGCUCUUCAUGCCCGAAACCAAGGGUAAGACCCUUGAAGAACUGGAUCAGGUUUUUUCCGUCCCCACCAAGGUACAUGCCCGCUGGGCGCUGAAACAGAUCGUGUAUGUUUUCAGGAAGUAUGUCCUCAGACAGAAAGGCCUGAAAGAGGUUCUGUUAUAUGAAAAGUCGGAGGGCAAGCUAAUAUCACAAUCAAUGGAGGAGCGAGUAGUGGGGUCACCACAAUUUUUCGGCCUUCGGUAA